AUAAUAACGAGUUGAUAAGAAGAGAGCCAACAAAACCACAGUCGCCCAGUCUUAGGACUGCGUUCGUUUGAAACAAUAUCCCAUCUGUUAAAAAAUAAUUAAGUGAAAAGAUGCCAAAUUAUAAACUGAUUUACUUUAACGUACGAGGAAGAGCGGAACUUUCCCGGUUGAUUUUGAGCUGCGCCAACGUCCCGUUCGAAGAUUACCGCAUUGAACACAGCGAUUGGCCAGCCAUCAAACAAGAUAUGCCGUUUAAACAGAUACCCGUUUUGCAAGUGGACGGAGUUAAUUUGCUGGCCCAGUCCAACACUAUUGCCCGCUAUUUGGCUAGGCAGCACCAACUGGCCGGGCAGAACGAAUGGGAGCAAAGUCAGGCGGACAUGUUUAUCGAUUGCGUUUACGAUUUACACGCAGGAAUGAGACCCGUUGCACGAGAGAAGGAUCCGGAGAAGCAGCAAGAAAUAUUCGACAAAGUGAACGAAGAAAUGAUUCAGCCUCACGCCAAAAAGAUUGAGGAAAUCCUGAUCAAGAACGGCAGUGGAUUUUUGGUCGGCAAUGCGCUGACUUGGGCUGAUAUCGCUUAUUACGCAUAUUUUACCACUCCGAUGAUGGACCAUCUGGGCGGCCAAGUGCUCGAGAGCCACCCUCACUUGAAGAAAUUGAUUCAACACGUCGGCGACAUCCCAACUAUCAAGAAGUAUAUUGAAACACGACCCGUUACAUCGAGAUAA